UGGAUAGACUUGACUACGGAAGAAGAAAAUAUGGAAACAGUCAAUAUUAGGAACAUCGGGGAAACAGCGUCCACGUCUCAACACGCUGAUCAUUGUCAAAUCCAUGGUGGUGAUGAUGAUGUAUGGAUAGACUUGACUGCGGAAGAAGAAAAUAGUGAUGCAGACAAUUGUAGUAGCAUCGGGGAAACAGAAAGUGUACCGGUUGCAAUGGAUUCGGUCAAUUACAACAGUGUCUGCGUCGACCACAACUACAGCAGUGUCUGCGACAACCAAAAUAUCGAAUAUAUCGACGUUUGGCCGCCGUCUCCGGAACAUCGCAGUGAACCCGCUGCCGCCGGCCGCCGCCGACACAGCGAUAAGAAUUGGAGGCGCCGUGGCAAUGACCGGUCAAAUGGACGGUGUGCCGAAUAGAAUCGCAUCAACAACGGCUACUACAGACGUCCGCAAUACCGAUAAUAUGCAAAGUCCGAACCCGCUCGUCAACGUCGAUGAUGGCGUCGGCGAUGGUGCCGAUGUUAGCGAGGGUGAUGACACGAUGACCACCGGCCGACCAACUCGAUUCGGCGAUGCUUUCGACGGCCGAAUUUCAAAUUUCAAAAUCGAUUGUCGAAAUACGGCCGCCGACAUUAACGAGUUCUUGGUCCGAGCGGAAGCUAAGGUGCUGAAGGUGUGGGAGAAACAGCUCGGGCGGUACGUAGCGCUGAAAGUGAGUCUGGGUUUGUACGCGGUGUACGAAAAACAGAUGCAGCCGGCUGCUGGCGGUGGCGCCGACGUGUAUGACACAUGUGUGCACGAUCACACGGCCGGUCCGGUCAUACUGACACAGGGACAGGAUCAGCACACAGUGUAUACACAGCUUGCUGAUGUUAUUCGUACACACGCCGAUGAAUUUGAACGUGGCGAUUCGGGGUGGGCGUUUCGCGAGAACGUAUACCUCGAAACGACUACGUACAUGUAUAAUCCGCUCAGGGCAUCGUGCACAAUUACUCUGCCUACCUCGCUGUUGCGGAAGAGGGCCGUCCUAAACAUCGCGAACACCGAUGAUGCAUGUUUUUUUUGGGCGAUCGUGGCGCACAUCCACCCUGCACCGGCAGGUGUUGAUCCCACGCGGACUACGAGCUAUCCUCCCUACAACCGUGUCCUCCAAACCCGCGGGAUCUCGUUGCCGGUGGCGCUAAAGUGCAUCCCGAAAUUCGAAAUCGACAACGAGAUCAGCGUUAACGUGUACGCUUGGGAGGAGAACAAGAUCGUAGGGCCGCUGUACUAUACGAACGAAAAGCGGGUGCGCCACGUGAACCUGAUGUACGUCACAUCGGUUAACCGCACCGACGGUCAUUAUGUGUUGAUAACAGACUUGUCACGCGCCGUGGGGAAACAAUUGUCUAGACGCGGACACAGAACGUUUCUGUGUGACGGUUGUCUCCUCACGUUUAGGACCCAAGCGGCGAUGGAUCAACACGAAUGCCGGCGGUGUCGCGUUGUUCUCCCGUCGCCCGAUAAAAAUAUCGUCGAAUUCAUCAAUUGGAAAAACACCGUUCCCGUUCCAUUCUGUAUUUACGCAGACACCGAAGCUAUCCUCAAACCGAUCGUCCCACCCCCGACCGCCGGUGGGACGUACGACAUCGCGGAGCACGUAGCGUGUAGUUUUGCUUACUUUGUCAAGUGCGAUUUCGAUUCGUCACUUGACAAGUUUGAACUCUAUCGGGGCGCGGAUUGCAUGUCGGUGUUUGUGGAACGGCUGGAACGGGACGUGAAGGCCAUAGCUCGACGGUAUUUGUCCCCGGUGGAUAUGACCCCCCUUACCCCCGCGCAGCAGGCAGUGUACGAUGCGGCGACCGCGUGCUACGUCUGCCGCGAACCGUUGACGCCGGCCGACAAGGUGCGGGACCAUUGUCACCUGAGCGGACGAUACAGAGGCCCGGCUCACAGCGCGUGCAACUUAAAACUGCGAGUACCGAACUACGUACCGAUCGUGCUCCACAAUUUUUCGGGGUACGAUAGUCAUUUUCUCACCACCGCCCUCGCCGACGACACCAAUCAAAUCCAAGUCAUCGCCAAGACUAAAGAAAAGUAUAUUUCGUUGUCUAAGUUUCUGCGGUUGGACGACGAAACCGGCGAGAGUCACACAAUCGUCAUGCGGUUCAUCGAUUCAUACCGGUUUCUGCCCUCGUCGCUGGACGAAGCCGCGCGGUCGCUGACCGAUGUUCAGCUGGUGAACACGAGAACCCGGUUUCCGGACGAUGGACAGUUCCGGUUAAUGAAAACGAAGGGGUAUUUCCCCUACGAAUACGUAACGAGCGCAGAGGUGCUUGAGGAAACGUCGUUACCUCCACUCGACGCCUUCCGGAGUCAGUUGACGUUGUCCACCAUCACAGCAGUACAAUACCACCACGCGCAGACCGUGUGGUCAACGUUUAACUGUCAAACACUAGGCCAGUAUAGUGACGUAUACAUGUGCGGCGACGUGUACUUACUGGCCGACGUGUUUGAAACGUUCCGGAAGUUUAUCCUUGAGCACUACAGACUCGAUCCAGCUGCGUAUCUGACGACCCCUUCGUUAGCCUGGGAUGCGAUGAAGCUAAUGACAGGGGUUAAAAUAGAGCUCAUGACGGAGCACGAUCAGGUGCAAUACGUCAUGAAAAACAUCCGUGGGGGGUUGGUCCAAUGCAAUCAACAUUAUGCAAAGGCCAACAAUAAGUAUAUGGAGGACUAUGACCCGACGGAAGAGCCAUCGUACAUCAUGCAGUUAGACGAAAAUAACCUUUACGGUUGUGCGAUGAGCCUCCCCCUUCCGAUUGGUGAGUUCCAUUUCUUAACCCCCGCGGAGCUCACCACUUUUGACCCCCUCACCGUUUCGGACGAUGCGGAAUUCGGCUAUUUUGUGGAGGUAGACCUCGAAUAUCCGCACGCCGUCCACGACCGCCUAGCAGAUUUACCGUUCUUUCCGGAGAACAUGGUUCCACCCGGAGGCAAACAGCCAAAGCUCAUAGCCAACCUGAUCAAUAAAGAGAAAUACGUCACUCAUUACAGGUGCUUACAGCAAGGCGUUGCCAACGGGGUGGUUCUCCGGAGAAUCCAUAGCGCACUUCGGUUUCGGCAGCGUGCUUGGAUCCGUCCGUUCAUCGAAACGAACACGAGAUUGCGCGCUGCGACCAGGACGAAGUUCGAGGGCAACUUGCCAAAACUGAUGUCGAACUCGGUUUACGGCAAGGCGCUCGAGAACCCUGAAAAACGAACCAAAGUGCACAUUGUCACGCGCUGGAGAAACGUCAAGCAGAGACUAGGAGCCGGUGUUUUGAUAGCUAAACCCACGUUCGACAGCGUGGCGAUCUUUACCCCGUCCAUGGCGGCCGUGCAGAUGACCAAAUCGGUUAUCAAGUACGACCGGCCGUCAUACGCCGGUUUCGCCGUGCUGGAGCUGUCAAAAUACAUUCUGUACGACUUCCAUUACGGGUACAUGGUACCCAAAUAUGGCUCUAAAGCGCGUGUCAUCUAUGGAGACACGGACAGUCUGUUUUAUUGGGUUGAAACCGACGAUUUUUAUGCUGACAUGAAGGCUGAUAUCGACAAGUACGAUACCAGCAACUUCAGUCCGGACAACCCAUACGGAAUGCCUUUGGUCAACAAGAUGCUUUUAUGGAAGAUGAAGGACGAUGCUGGUGGGAACAUCGUCCUAUUAUUCAUCGGCCUUCGGAGCAAGUCGUACUGCUCCGAUUCGGUCGAACCGUCGAUGAAUAAAAAAAAGCUGAAAGGCAUUCAACGCGCGGUCGUGGAAAAGACGAUCACCCCCCAGGACUACUACGACUGUCUCGUUAUCCCGAACCACAAGGUAAUGAGACAGACGUGUACGUUUCGGUCGAAACGCCAUAGACUGACCACCGAAAUGUGCACGAAACUAGCGAUGGAGUACAAAGACGACAAACGGUACCAAAUACCCAAUUCGUUUUUGACACUCCCCUGGGGUCAUUAUCGCAUCCCAGACGAUGAACCGGACAGUGACUAACCGGUGGCGGCGGUGACAAUGGAUUUGUCACUUUUUGUAUUUUGUUUUUUUUAUUGUUUUUGUUAUCUCUUUUUAUAUUUUAGUUUUAUUGGUUUUGCUACCCAUGACUGAAUUUCUUAUAUUUUAUUUUUUUAUUGUUUUUUGUUACCCAUGACUUUUUCUUUAUAUUUUAUUUUUUAUUGUUUUUUGCUACCCAUGACUGUCUUUUUAUAUUUUAUUUUUUAUUGUUUUAUUUUGUAAAUAAUGUAUAAUUGUUACCCAUGACUGUCUUUUUAUAUUUAAUUUUUUUUGUUUAUUGUUUUUUGCUACCCAUGACUGGCUUUUUAUAUUUUAUUUUGCAAAUAAUGUAUAA